GCCCGGUACUUCACGAGGGCCCUGCUCUCCACCAUGGAUCCGACGGAGACGGAGCUGAACGCCAUCACGGACCUGGGCGGCGUCUUCACAUGGGCCGGCGUGACAGGGUUCUUGGAGCAGCCGGCUUGGGACGCGAUGGCUGCAGCCCUCCAAGUUCCAGGCCCGUAUCGAGUCGACCCGGAGGGUGGCUCUGCUGAGGAUGGGCAUCCCACCGGACUCCAUGGGCACGCCUGGGCCAGCUCCGUGGCAGGACCGGGUGCACCAGCGUCGGGUGGACAAUCAGGCGCCGGAAGCCGUCGACUCAAGCUGUCGGCUGUUCUGGACCCCACCCUCGACGCCGACGUGGUCUCCCUUGGCAACCUCGAGAUUCAGAAGCUCUACGCCCACUACAAGGCGAAAUUCGGGGACCACCCAAGUGCAGAAGCGGACCCUUCGGCAGACCAGCUGGCGUCCCUUAAGCAGGUGGUGGCCGCAGGGUCGGUUCCCUACGCGGACUUCUCUUUGUUCGGCCCCCACGGCUUGCGCCUGCUUCGCAAACAGACGUUCACCAGCUACACCUUGAACGUUGCGACGGGCGAGUGGUCUAAGAAGGAGCAGCCGGGCCCCUCUUCAUACCACUCCUGGGUGGAGGCCUGGAAGGUCUACCGGACAGCCCUCUUGCUCCUGGAGACGGUGGACGCAGAGAGGCUGGACGCCUACGCGGAGCAUGUGAGGAGCUUUGUGCGAGCACAUGGAAAGGCUCAGGAAAGGAGAACAUUGCAUGACAAGCCGGCGCAUGGCUACACCGCCGCCCGGCCAUGGAACGCAGUGUUCGCAGCAGCCAUUCGCGACGGGGAUUAUUGGACCAGAGAGUUGGUCACCCCGGCCACCCUUUGGCUUCGCAACGCCCGGGGCGACCUGCAAGCCCCAACCGCGGAGGAGGAGGCCAGCCGAGUUCGGGCCGCAGAGUGGACGAUGGUGCUGAUGCUGGGCGAGGACCAGAGUGUCAAGCAAGAUGGCGUCUUCGUGAAGAACCGGACGGCUGCAGUCACCAGUGCAAUCUUUGUCUUGGCCCACACUCGGCCGUGGAUUGCACCCGCAGCUGACCCGAGCCAGCUCCAGCUGAUCCGGGGCCCGCCGCCGGUGAGGGCAGGAGCAGACCCGAACCAGGGCUUGGUGGAUCGCACGGCACAGUCUAAAGCGGCCGGUGCUUCGCCGGGGCAGAUGCAAGGCCAGCGCUGGGCCGGAAGCGAGGGCAGCACAAGCCAACUCCUCCCGUUUCUGGAGCCAGCACGGCCGGAAGGGAGCAAAGCAAAGAAGCCGCGCCGCGCCGGAACGGUGACCACAAAGAGCUUGGUGCAGGUGCCUCCCGUGGAAAGCACCUACCCCGACUACGAGCCCCUGGCACGUGGACCUCGAGAGUACGGGACUUGGUUGGAACAGCCCUCCGACUCCUUCGUCACAAGGCCCUGGGUCCUGGUGCUCUUUAGCGGGCGCCGUCGAAGGGGAGACCUUCCGAACUGGUUAGCACACUACGGCCUCAUGGUGUGCUAUAAGUGGAGCCAGGUCGAGAAAGACAUCAACGACGGCAACUUCGCUGCCUGCUGGGCCGCGACUCCGUGCGGCACCUUCAGCCCUCUUCGCGAAGUGCGGCCGGGGCCCCGGCCACUUCGCACGGUCGAAGAGAUUGAAGGAGUGGGGGGCCUGUCCCCGAAGGAGAAGGCGCAGCUGAAGGAGGCCAACGUCCUGGUCGAGCGCACCUUCGACGCCCUUUCUUUGAUUUGGGACCGCAAAGGGACCUGGGGCCUGGAGAACCCCGUCCAUGGCAGCAAUCGGCCCGAGCUGUGGCAGAUGCCGCUCAUGCGCCAGCUGGCUCAGCUGGAUCGCACUUCUGAGGUCGUCGCCCACAGCCUCUUCCAAGGCAUUCGCCAGCGAGCCUUGGAGACCGAGGCACUUGGCGGGAUGAGGAACCCGCGCCGCUCUUUGGACAGAGUCCAGGGCGCGCACCAGGUAGGCCGCGCCCUGCAUAAAUUGUUGCGGGGCUGCUUGGCCAAGUGGCCGGGCCUCAAGCUGCCGGCCAAGGCCAUUCUUCGGGGGGAGACGCCAAUGAAUGUCCCGGCCGGCGGCGACCGACGCUUCACAGCCGCCGCUGUUCCUGGCAACCGGAACCGGAAGAGCAAGUACAGGGUCAUCCUCUUCAACACCUUGGUGUUUGGGUCGGCCUCGUCCCCAACGAUCUGGGGUCGGAUGGCAGCAUGGCUUGGCCGGUCAACGGCCGCCGUGUCUUUGUCAGACCUCCAGUGUUACGUGGACGACCCCAUCUACGUCCUGGACGGCCCUCAGGAGGAGCUGGCGGCCUCCGACCUCGCCGUGGUCCUGCUAUGGACGGCGGUCGCGGGUUUCCCCAUCAAGCUCUCCAAGGCCACCGGGGGCAAAGAGAUUGAAUGGGUGGGCGCCCGCAUCUCCUGCAACGAUGCGGAAAAGGCGGUGGUCGUGCCCCCUUCCGCCGAACAAGGGGCACGGGAGCUCCGUUCCUACGCUGGGGCACUCUCGUUCGUGGCCGGCCUCGUCCCACACCCCCCGCCCUUUCUGGCUACUUUCUGGGCGGCGCUCUCGAGACAUGAUGUGACUAAUGAGGGCAAACCUUUGCGGCGAACCCGACACCUCAUACAUGUCAAGAGGGUGAGCCCGGCACUUCGCUGGGUAAGGGCCCUGCUGUCGGGGAGAACCACAAUCGAGAGAGUGUUCUACGCAGACCCGCCCCACUCGGACCUGGAGAUCGUCACCGACGCCUCGCCAUGGGGCAUGGGAGCCAUCCGACGCGUGGGAGGCAAACCGACCGGGUACUACUACACCCACAUCCCCGAUACGGUCCUCCACAAGUUCAAGGCAGAGAGGGGCCUGCCGAAGUACAACACGUUGUGGGAAGGCCUGGCUCUGUUGGCCGCCUUCAGGUCGGACAACCUCGGCUUCGUCAAGGCGCUAUCGAAAGGCAGCGCCAGGUCGGCCGAGCUGAAUGUGCUAGCCCGGGAGUUCGCCUACGACCAAGCGACCCGCGCCUACCAGAUCAAGGGGCUAGAGCACAUCCCGGGC